CGGGGCUCGGGGCCACUCAGGGCAGUGUAGGCAACCGAAUUCAGUAUUUCAUGUAAAUCACACGUAAUCGUCAUUCAUUAGUGUGUCGCGUCAAGCGUAGCGGGUCUGAGUCUGAGCAGAGAUAACUAGCGUACGUUAAUCAACGAUUAAACCGGAGCCGUUUCACGGAAGCUGUAGAAUUGCGUAUCGUUCAUCCCGCGCGCGAUAAUCGAUAUCGAGGGCGUAUCAGUAAUACGCGAUCGUAAGGUCUUAUUCAAGGUACAGUAUUCAAGUUACCGUCUACGCACGUCUACGGCGCGUGGCUUCUGGCUUGUUCUUGUAAACAUGGUGUUUGGACUCGUCGGGAUAAUUGUUUUUUUCCACGGGCCCAAUUAAGCUCCGCGCGAGCGAUCUUGCGGGUAAGAAUCGCGCAGCCGCUUUCUGAGAAGACCGGCGUGUAUCAUGUGAUUCUUACUGGAAUACAAGUAUGGACACAUUUCCGUUUCACGGAAACCGUAUGAUUUAGUAAUAAAAGUUUGGGGUAUCUUGGUACUUUACCAUGGAGCAAUCAGACUCGUCUGUCCUGACAGUUCACGAGAUUCAAACGGAUGACUCGCAAGUAGCUCAGACCACCGAACGAGAUAUAAAAGUCACUGCAGAAAGUGCUCAAGAUUUACCAAAGGUGUGCAAGCUACCGUCAGAGUCUACAUUGACAGUAGACAAUACCGAUUUUGGUACAGUAGUUAAGUCAGAAGAUUACAUAGAAACAAGCCACAGUGAGGUAUCUAAAGAAGUAGCUAAAGAAAUUGAUGACACCAAUAAUCAAGUGGAAUCUGAAUCAACGGAGCCAAACACAGAGAUAUAUAAAUCAGAACAAGAAGAGAUCCAAAUCUAUGAUUUAAAAGAUAAGGUAAAUUCGAAUCAUGAAUUACAACACUUGUCCACCGAGGAAGACCAAAGCCUAAAUGUGAUAACUGAAUCUAAAAUAAUAAAAGAAGAUGAAGGAGCAACAGAGGCAACAGAGAAAACAGAGGCAAAGGAGACAACAGAGACAAAGGAGGCAAUGGAUAAUCUAGAAAAUGACUGUAAUGUAAUAGAGGACGUGAAUCAAUCCGAUUCUAGAGAUAAGCAGGAUGUAGCACCAGAUGAGUCUAGACUUAGUAAACAUGGGGGCCAGAGUCAUGACGUAUGUGAGUCAGUUGAAGAAGCAAUCAAGGAAAUGCAUGAUAACGAUAGUAAUCAGAAUAACUCUGCAACUAAUGCUGAACUAGCUAAGUUAGUGCAAGAAGAAACAGAGGUAGUUGUGGUAGUAGAGACUAUACCAGUUGCGACUGAUGCAACAGCGGAUAAUUUUAUCGUUACUUUAGAAGGGAAAGAUGCUAAUAAGGAAUGCAACCAAGAAAAUGUUACUUUGCAAGAAAAACAAAUUGUGGAAUCUGACCAUGGGAACAAUGAGAUUGAUCUAAUUCAUUACAGCCAAGAAAGUGAUGAUACCAUAAUAGAAGUAACAGAAGUCAUAGAUGCUCCUCUUGACGAACAAUUUAAACAAAGUAACGUGGACUAUAGAGACAGUAAUAAAUGUGAUAAGAAAUCUAUAAAACUAAUCGACGGGAAAAUUGCAAUAGACGAAAGUAUAAAUGAUGAAAAUAUUAAAGUAAAAACAGCUGGUAGUAAAACUUUGAUUAAUUCUGGAAAAAAAGAUAAAGAAGAUAUCGCUAUUAUUAUAGAUGAGAAAAUCAUAAUUACAGAGGUUGAGUCAGCAGUUGAGUCAACAGAUCUGCCACAAAUUGAAAAUACCCAUAAAAAUACUGUUAAGAAGAUAACUGAGCAUAAACAAGAUGAUACCUCUGUUGACAAAGUGUCAGCAAUGGAUUCAUCGACGAAGAAAAGGAGCUUUAUCCAAGAUAUAUUUGACGAUUGGGGUGUUGAGAAUACUGACGAAGAUACGCAAUCAAGUUCAAAGGUGCAAGACUCUGUCGAGAUCGAAUUAAAAAGCCUAAUGGAUGAGGCAAAGACGGAGCAAACUGUUUCGAGUGAAUCAGUUGUAACUUUUCAAGAAAAAGUCUCUUCUGCAGAUGAAGAAUAUGACGAGACACACAAUAUUGUAAGUACAAUCGAGAAGAGUACAACGAAGCAGUCGACUGAAGAAACAGAAAAUCAAAAGAAAAACAAAGCUAUUAAUAAGGAUGCAAUGUCAUUGAAUAAAGAUGAAACGAAUUCUCCUGUGCCACCUGUGAACAAAUCUUCACGAAGUAUGGAUACGCAUCCGGUUAACGCGUCGCCGCACGAUACUACAGUUCCUAAAAGCCGCGCUCGGCAUUUAACGAGUCAGAUAGCGUCACCAGCAGAAGUGACGGAGGUGUUGAAGGAACGUUUUCGCGAAAAGCAGAAGAGCGUAGAGGCAUCCCGCGGACCAGACAUAUUCUUUGUGAAAAAAUUAACGCAAAGGCUGUCUAGUAAAUUGGGAGGUAGCACAGUAAAUCCAAUACCAAAACUUAUACCAUUGCCACAGCAAAUUGCUUCUUCAAAUCCACCUCCCUCUUCUGUUGCUGCAUCAUCGGCAUCGGAAAACUGUGAUAAAAAGGAAGCGGAAAACACAACAACGGAAGCUAGCAAGGAUAGUAAUUCUGACAACAAAGAACUAUUGGCCAUCUUAGAGGGUGACAUUGAUCCUGACUGGUCUAUUUUGAAGCCACCAGUUCUCACAGAAGAAAGCAAAACAGCGUCAAAUACCGUGGAACACUCCGAACAAAGCAAUCCACCAAAACUCGAUCCGUUAGUUGAACGAGAAUUGGCGCUGAAACAACUCCUUGAAUUGCCCAUAUCACCGUCCAAGAAGAUUCCACCGCGGAAAAAGAAAACGUUCCGAGCAGCGUCUGGUAAAGCAUCUAAGGACGCGACGACUGUCGCGAAAGGUUCGCUUGCUGCACAGCGAAAGGAGGCUAAUAUAGAUUUAGCGAGUGAAAAUACGCAACCAAAUGCAAAAUCCGUUGGUAUUGAUCUGAAUCCUUUACCUCACGAAAAGAAUCAAGAGCAGAUAAGCAUACGAAUGGAAGAGUCGAGAUCAGGCAGAAAACGUAAACCUACCGAAAAAGCAAGGGAGCAUGAAGAAAAUACGAUAAAACGGCAGAAAGUAUAUAGAGGUAAAGUUUCGAUAAAUAAGAAACAAAUGGAAGAAAAGUCCGUCUCUAGUGAUAGCUCGACGAUUGAAAAUCAUGUUGCGACAAGUGAUACGACGAACGUUGCUGUAAAUAAUGAAAAAAUUGUCACGAAAGAAGUAACAGGUAAACAGUCCGAGAAUAAAAUAGAUUCGGUUUCUAAUAAAAUUGAAGAUUCUUCUUCAAAACGGCCGAAACUUGGUCUUGCUAAAAAAGGACCGAUAGCUAAGAAGAAAAUGGUAGUCAAGAAGUUGCUGCGCCAAAAAGUGCCAACUGAUAAGAAAUCUGUUCAGCUGAAAACUAAAUUGACUCCGUCGCCGAAGAAGACACCUCCGAAAGCUGUCUCAAAAUCGCUAAAGCGGACGCCCGAAGGUCCAUCCGGUGACGUGAAACCUAAGAAGAAGAACAUAAAUGAGAUAGAUAGAUUGUUGCAGGACGAAGGUGUUGUCAAUUUACUGUACGAUGUAGAGCAGCCGGAUAGAAAACGCCUGGUUCCUAUCACAAAGUCACGAGCGAAAGUAAUGGAUCUGCAGAAAGUGCAACGUGAACUUAAAAUCAGAAAAAAAUUGGUUCGCAAUGCUGUGUUGCGAUUACGUACGUCAACAACCGCAGAUGUCACGAAAGUGUCACCGAGGUCGAAGAGAACGACGAUUCAUGCAGCUGAUGUUCAAGAUAAAAAGGUAGAGCAGGUUUCUUCACCAAAAGCUUCUGCAUCACCCACGGAAUUUAUUCUUCCCGCAAAGAUACGUAAUGCGGCUGAUGCGUCCAUUAUCGUGAGGAGACACUCGUCUAGUUCAUUUUCGAGUGCAUCUGGAAGUCCCAGAGUUAGCGUUGAUGCACCUGAAAAAUUUACAGAAGCUGUCAAGUCGGAAGACGGAACAGUUCAUUCGUUGAGAUCUGCUAAAAAGAGACGAGAUUCACAAGAUGAGAAAAUUAAUAAUAUGAAGAAAAAGAAGAAAACUAUACAAAAGUCCGAUACCGAUGUUACUGUUACUAAUACCAGUACCAUCUCUACUAUAACUACUUCAGUUGCCAGCAAUACUAUUGCUAAUAAUACGGAAGAAAAAGUUAAUGUCGUGCGUCCUGGUAAGAAAUCGGAAAUCAAGAAAAUGGACAAGAUUGGAAAGCAACAGGAAAACAUUCCCGCAGUUGAAGACAAUGUUUCGAGUAAAGUUACAACCCGAUCGUCGAAUGGUGCAGUACCAGGGAAGGUAACAGCGAAGAGCAAAAAACUUAUGAGAAGCAAAGUGACUUUUGCUAGGGCAAAUGAGCUCGAUAAUGCUGAGGAUUCUUUGAAAAAUGAGGAUGAAUUAUCUGCUUGUCUUGCUGAAGCAGCUACUGCUCUUUCAGUCGUCAAUGCCAGAAAUGGUGCGACUACGCGAAAGAGCAAAGGUAAAGUAAAUACAAAUACCAUGAAAACAUUGGAUAUAGAUAGUAACAAAAUGAAAACGGAAAUGCAAAGUCAAUUCAGUAAUAAGGAAAUAAAUGUGCGACGCCAUGGUAAUCUCGUACAAUUAAUACUUACGCCAUCCUCUUCAACAAAAAUAAGAAAUGCUCUUUCAUUGCAAGUAAUGCAAGAAUUCAAAGAGGCUCUGUCGAUAUUAAAAAGAGAUGACGAAUGUAGAGUAGUACUCUUAACAUCUACGGGUACAAGCUUUUGUGAAGGUCUUGAUCUUUCAACAUUAUUGCAUUCAAAUAAGGAUGAACGACGAUCCGUCGCUCAAGAGUUGGCACAUGCUGUCAAGGAUUUUAUAAAAAGCUUAGCUACUUUCAAUAAACCUAUAGUGGCUGGCGUACAAGGUGCAGCAAUUGGACUUGGAGUGACAAUGUUGCCUCUUUUUGACCUUGUAAUCGCUAGCGAUAAGGCAACGUUCUGUACGCCUUACGGGAAAUUAGGACAAAUUGCCGAAGGUGCUGCAGUCUUUACUUUAUCACACAUACUAGGCAGUGCAAUUACGAGUGAACUUCUUUUGGGUGGAAGAACUCUAACAGCAAGUGAAGCAUUAAGAGCCGGUCUCGUUACCCGAGUUUUAUGGCCUGAUCGGUUUCAAGUCGAAUUAUUACCAUCGUUAAGGGCUAUGAGUGAUCAAUCAUCACAGUCCAUGGAAGCAACAAAGGCUCUGCUACGUCACAGUCUGCGGAAAAAAUUAGAUGCUGCACUUGAAUCAGAAACAUACUUAUUAAUUCAACAUUGGUGUUCCAUAGAAUGCCAGACUGCUAUAAAGGCUUACAUUGAUGGAAAAAUUGAAUAAACGACAGUCUUAUACAUGUGUACUACUGUUUAAUGUGGUUUUGCAAUCCGUGUUAAAAGUCAGAAGUGACAAGUUCGUGAAUAUUGAUGGAGAUAAUAACACAAAAAUCGACAUAUAAAAUCGAUGUCAUAUAAACAAUUUUUGAUGCGACAUUCUACGUCAAUGCACUGUAUAAGAUAUAAUUUAGAUAUAAGAUAUAAAUAUUGAGAAUCACUCAAAAAG